AUGGCUUUACUGGGGGACAUGUUUGUCGUCUUUGAGGAGAUUCGGAAGGAGCAUUGGUACAAGCCUAGGUUGCUCUGGUACGUCAACCUUAUUACAGUGCUUGCAAGCAAAGGUUUGCGGUCCGAGGUUGACAGAGCCUGUUCAUAUCUGAAGAGGGAACAGUUGGAGCCUGACACUGAUGGUUUCAAUCUGCUUCUGAAGACGCUCCUAGAUGCUGGGUUCACACAAUUAACAAUGGACUGUUUCCGUCUGAUGAAACUAUGGGACAGUGAUCCUGACAGGAUAACAUACAGAACAUUGAUCAAAGGUCUUGAAUCCCUAGGAAAGAUGGACCUAUCUCCUGAUGUACGGUUGGAGGCAGAAAAUGAGUAUGGUUCCUUGGACUUCCUCGAUGAAGUGGAGACCGACAAGGCUUGCAUAAGUAGUUCUUUUUUAUUCAACCAGCUGGAGUUACAGUUGCAAAGUUUUGAAUGAUCAUAUGACAAACUUGACAAUGAAAUCAUUCCCGGAUAUUAUGCACUGUUGAGAAAUUAUAACAGCAGAACUUGUUGCAGCAACGACUAUUGACUACUUGUACCUUGCUGAUUAUUCAGAAACGUUUAAGAGGGGCUACCUGCAGCUUUG